UGGAAAAAGGGUGUCAAACCACAAUGACAAGCACAUUCGGUGUGACCACGAAUCGGGACAAGACUGGGGAGCGCUGAGCCGGGCGAUGUGAGCUCGGCGAAGGUCGCUGCUCCCACUGCGCGCGCACGCACGCGCUGGGGGUGGGAGGGAGACCAUGAGCUCGCGGAGGAGCAGCUCGGGUCACAUCAGCGUCCACCGGCAGUUCCCGUGCAGCGGAGCAAUUUCUACUGCAAGCACAUGUCCAAUGAAAUCUCUUUCAGCACAAAGGUAUGCAAGAAUAGAACCACCAGAAAAAUGUCUAAGUGCAUCUGUUUGGUCAACAGAGCAGAAUUGUAUGGACUGGCUCUCGAGGAAGUCUUUUGCAUAUCUCCAGACUAAAGCAGUUAAAGAAUCCUGUGAAGUUAAUGCCCUCUGCCAGCCCUUGCAUGACAUGGAAGAAUGCUUUAUCCAGGAGUUGGAUAAAUAUUCUGCCUACAAGGAUAUGCUAAACCUGCGUAGGAAAGAGCUACUGUACAAGAAAUGGAAUGAUGAUGUCUAUGAGCCAUUACAAUGGAAAGUCAAAGCAAGAUUAAACCAGUCAAUUGAAAGAAGACGUCCUUCAGUUUUACAGUAUUUAGACUACUGUGAUAAAAAGGAACCUGUGUUUUUGGAAGAAUAUAACCCAGAUGACUUCAAUCCAUUUGUCCGCCAUCUGUGCAAACCUCGUAAAUUUAAGCUACCACGAGUCGAGCUGCCCUGGUUCGACAGUUCCAUGACGGAUUUCUUGCACAUGUUCUUCAUGAUGACAAGGACUUCAACUCUCAAUGAUCCUCUGCUGUUGCAGAGUAGAAGCAAGAGUGUGGAAGACAAUGCUAUAUUGCAAUGUCAAGAAGGUAAACUUUACUCUUUGAAAGAAACUGAAGAAUUUCACAAGUCACAACUCCCUCUGGUUCCACUGGGUCGCCAAAAUAUUGACAGCAUCAAGUGGCUCAGUGUACCACUAAACUAUAUUGAUAGUGACAUCCGACAAAGAAUCAGGUGCAGCCUCAUAAUACAGCAUUAAUUCUGCUGCCACCAAAAGGCCUCUGGGAUUUUAUUCAAUUUACUGGACUAGGAAGGGCAUUGGCCUUGCCCAACUUCCAUACAUGACACUUGGCAGCAGAUGUCACUCGAUAUUGAUGAAGAACAAUCCUGAGUUACCGAGACCAACUGUAAAACACUUACCACCACCCCGGCUCAACACCAAACUGGAAUAAACCAAGAACCAUCCCGAAGUGUGUCUCUAAAAUCUAGAGUGGGAAGGCUCUUUACCUAGCGAGCAGUCAGAGAGCUUGCACUCUGUUUGUAAUUCCCUGAUGUAUUGUCCAUGUACGGAAUGUAUAUUAACAAGGACUCAAUGGCAGAAAAGAUAAAACAGGCAAUUUGAUAGAAAUUUAAGUAUUUGCUAUGUGCUAAGAUCCACAAUGAUUGGAUCAAAAAAUUGUGAUAUUCAUGCGAAGUCCAGAACCAGGUUGCCAGCUUAUAUAAGUGGAAAUACUGAUUUCAUUUGGGAUAGGAAAAUACAAAAAUAAAUAUUGUCAGAAAGACCACAAAGUAUUGUGGGUUUGCUGAUCUUAGAAAGGUGGAACAAUACUAGCUUAAAAGUGUGUAAACCUGCAUUCAAAAUCUGUAAGCAAUUAUUUCUCUUCCCCAUUACAUCUUUAAACGAACACUGAAAAGUGCCUUUGAAGGCACUAGUAAGAGUGCCUACUUCACAAUGUUCAGCAACUGAAGCUCUAAUCUGCCUGAUCCAAGUCUGUGAUAAAAACAAAGUGCUGGAAAAACUCAGCAGAUCGGGAAACAUCUGUGGAGAGAGAAACACAGUUAUGUUCCGAGUCCAACAUGACUUCUUCGGAACCAAAGGAAGGCAGAAAUGAGAUGGGACUUAUGCUGUUUCUCCACUUCUCAUUUACCCACGAGAUGGAAUCUUACAUACAAUGACCAUCAUAAAAGAACUAAAAACAAAAAAUGUUGGAAAUACUCAGCAGGUCAGGCAGCAUUUGUAGUGAGAGAAAUAGAACUAAUGUUUCAGGUCAUUUUUUAUCAGAACUGGAGGGACAAAAAGAAUUGAGAUAGGAAAAAUCAGUUCAUCUGGGCAGGAACAGGCAGAAACCAAGUCUACCAAGCUGUUUCAAUGGAUCUUGGGAAGGAGGUAGAAAUGGACUUUCAUCAGGUCAUCAACCAGAAACUUUAACUCUUUCUCUGUCCACAUGUGCUGCUGAGUGUAUCCAGCAUUUUCUGCUUUUAUUUCUCAUUUUCAGCUUUCACAGUAUUUUGCUUUUGUAUCAUUGAAGAACUUAUUGACUGUAAUGGCAAGAAGAAAGGGUCUAAAUAAAUAAAAAAUUACCACAA